GAAAUGUCAGUACAGUUUUAUCCGUUAAACGGAAAACCAGGAGGGAGAGAAAGAGAUGAACGUACUCUCCUCUCCGGCUGCCUCCUCCCCCUCUCAGUCCAUCUUCACUCCCUCGCCAAACCUUAACCCCCUUCCCAAGCUCUGCUUCUCUUUCCCCGCCAAAUCUCCCUCGCUCUCACUGCCGCCCCCAUGCUCCGCCAAGCAGCAGUCCUCCUCCACCGUGCUGGAGCAGGCCCCGCCGGAACCAUCGCCACCGUCGAACGGAGGUGUCCCGAAGAGAGAGUCCCCGGCCGAGGUCCUCGAGGUCCGCAGGCCGGUGAUGGAGUUCCCGGACGAGGAAGAAUCCAGCGGCGGCAGCGAGGGCGAUGAUGCGGCGGCAGAUUACAAGUCAUCCUCUGCUCUUGAUGCGGGGCUAUCGAAGUUUGCGAAGAAAAUGCCCAUGUUCGAGCCCGAGAGGGUCGGUCCGGGGAGCUCGGAUGAGAAGCCGCUUACGGUGAAUUUGGAUUUGGCGCUGUAUAAGGCGAAGGUUCUGACCCGGAAUUAUAAGUAUGAAGAAGCCCAGAGGAUACUUGAGAAGUGUAUAUAUUACUGGCCGGAAGACGGGCGGCCCUAUGUCGCAUUGGGGAAGUUAUUCAGCAAACAGUCGAGAAUGGAUGAAGCUCGAGCGGUGUACGAGAAAGGUUGCCAAGCAACUCAGGGAGAAAAUGCCUACAUUUGGCAGUGCUGGGCCGUCUUGGAGAACAAGAUGGGUAAUGUAAGGAGAGCGAGAGAACUGUUUGAUGCCGCGACAGUUGCUGAUAAGAAACACAUCGCUGCCUGGCACGGGUGGGCAGUUCUGGAGCUCAAGCAAGGAAACAUUAAGAAGGCAAGAAAUUUACUCGCCAAAGGCCUCAAGUACUGUGGCGGGAACGAGUAUAUAUACCAAACGCUUGCACUUCUAGAGGCUAAGUCUAAUCGCUAUGAGCAAGCGAGAUAUUUGUUCAAGCAGGCCACUAAGUGCAAUCCCAAGAGCUGUGCCAGUUGGCUCGCAUGGGCACAGCUGGAGAUGCAGCAGGAGAACAACUGGGCUGCCAGACUACUGUUUGAGAAAGCAAUUCAAGCAAGCCCCAAAAACAGGUUUGCUUGGCAUGUCUGGGGUGUUUUUGAGAUGAACAUGGGCAACAUAGAGGAGGCAAGAAAGCUUAUGAAGAUUGGCCACGUCCUUAAUCCACGUGAUCCUGUUCUCCUUCAGACUCUCGGGUUACUGGAAUAUAAGCAUUCAACCGCGAAUCUUGCUCGGGUUUUAUUCAGAAAGGCAUCAGAAUUGGAUCCUAAACAUCAACCAGUGUGGAUUGCUUGGGGAUGGAUGGAGUGGAAAGAAGGGAACUUAUUGACCGCAAGGAAACUAUAUCAGAAGGCAUUGGCAAUUGACUCAACCAGUGAAAGUGCUGCCCGAUGUCUGCAGGCCUGGGGGGUUUUAGAACAGAGGGUCGGUAAUAGAUCAGCGGCUCGGAGAUUAUUCAGGUCCUCUUUGAACAUAAAUUCUCAGAGUUAUGUGACAUGGAUGACCUGGGCAUCCUUGGAGGAGGAGCAAGGGAAUUCCGUUCGUGCAGAGGAAAUCCGUAAUCUCUAUUUUCAGCAGCGUACUGAAGUUGUGGAUGAUGCCUCCUGGGUGAUGGGAUUCUUAGACAUUAUUGAUCCAGCCCUGGACAGUAUUAAGAGGCUGCUUAACUUGGACAAGAACUCAUACAAACCCUAUGAUUCUUCAAGAAACAUGCUGGAAGCUAACGAGAAAAUGAUGGACGAGGAUCCAGCUGGUAGUAAUGGCAAUUUAUCCGAGAAGGAAAUGGAGAGCAAAAGUGGGUUUGAUCUCGAUGCUUUUAUGAGGGAUAAACUGUCUCUAGAGCCGAAUGAGCUGGACAACCUGAUGACUGCAAGUUUAACUUCUCGCCCAAAGGGAACAAAAUCUCCUAGAAGAGUGUGGAGGCCAGAGAACAGGCCUCAGUCAACAGAUUGAAGCUGAAAAAAAACCUUCUCCAUAGCUUUGUUCGUGCAAGCGAUGUUCAUGUCGGUAUAUCUUUUGGCUUUUGUGGGAAGGAUCUUUGAGCUACCGUGGAAGAAAUCCUGUACACUGGAAAUUGUAAAUUGUUGUCUUCUCUGAGAUCAGGAAAUCAUGUGCUGUGUGCACUCCUAAAUUCAAUCAUGUAAAGUUCUAAUCAAAGUAUAUAUCUAAAUUUUGGUGGAAUGUUCUACGGAAGAUCCCCUUGAUCUAUCA